GUCUUUGUCUUUUCGUUUAGUGGAAUAGAAGAUGAACGCAACUGAAUUCAGUGAAGAUGUAGAAGAAGUUCUAAAAAAUAACACUGUGAAAGUGGAGACAGAGGCCGAAGAUGCUGCCCUGGACUGCUCAGUGAGUUCCAGGUCUUCUGAGAAGCACCCUCUGGACAGCGUCUUCACUGCCCUCCAGGACUCCAGCAAGCUCAAGCAGCCGGGCAGCGAUGGCCAGCCAGACUCUGUCCCCAGCGUGAAGAGGCGGCGGCUGAUUCCUGAGGCGCUCCUAGCAGGCAUGCGGAACCGGGAGAACAGCUUGCCCUGCCAGGGCAACGGGGAGCAGGCCGGCAGGGGCAAGAACUUGGGCUCCGCGUGGCCGGGCGAGGAGGAGCCCUGCAACGACGUGACCACCCCCUCCUACAAGAAGCCUCUGUACGGCAUCUCGCACAAGAUCAUGGAGAAGAAGAAUCCUCCCACCGGGGACACGCUCAACACCUACGAGCUCUUCGAGAAGGCAAACCCCGGCAACAGCCCCUCACCACUGCGGCUCCUGAACGAGCCACAGAAGCGGGACUGUGGCAGUGCCACAGCGGCCACCGAUGGUGACCCUAACAUCUACUUUCUGAUCCAGAAGAUGUUCUACAUGCUCAACACGCUCUCCUCCAACAUGUCGCAGCUGCACAGCAAGGUGGACCUGCUCUCCCUGGAGGUGAGCCGCAUCAAGAAGCAGGUAAGCCCCUCCGAGAUGGUGGCCAAGUUCCAGCCGCCCCCUGAGUACCAGCUCACGGCGGCCGAGCUCAAGCAGAUCGUGGACCAGAGCCUGUCGGGCGGCGACCUGGCCUGUCGCCUGCUGGUGCAGCUCUUCCCCGAGCUCUUCAGCGACGUGGACUUCUCCCGCGGCUGCAGUGCCUGCGGCUUCACGGCCAAGCGCAGGCUGGAGUCGCUGCACCUGCAGCUCAUCCGCAACUACGUGGAGGUCUACUACCCGUCGGUGAAGGACACGGCCGUGUGGCAGGCCGAGUGCCUGCCCCAGCUCAACGACUUCUUCAGCCGCUUCUGGGCCCAGCGGGAAAUGGAGGACAGCCAGCCGGCGGGCCAGGUCGCCAGCUUCUUUGAGCCUGAGCAGGUGGACCCGGGCCACUUCCUGGACAGCAAGGACCAGGAGGAGGCCCUGUCCCUGGACCGGAGCAGCACCAUCGCCUCGGACCACGUGGUGGACACGCAGGACCUCACCGAGUUCCUGGAUGAGGCCUCGUCCCCCGGCGAGUUCGCCGUCUUCCUUCUCCACCGGCUUUUCCCCGAGCUCUUCGACCACCGGAAGCUGGGCGAGCAGUACAGCUGCUACGGGGACGGCGGCAAGCAGGAGCUGGACCCGCAGCGGCUGCAGAUCAUCCGCAACUACACGGAGAUCUACUUCCCCGACAUGCAGGAGGAGGAGGCCUGGCUGCAGCAGUGCGCCCAGCGCAUCAACGACGAGCUCGAGGGCCUGGGGCUGGACGCGUGCAGCGAGGGCGAGCCGCCGCGGGACGACUGCUACGACUCGUCCAGCCUGCCCGAUGACAUCUCCGUGGUCAAGGUGGAGGACAGCUUCGAGGGCGAGCGGCCCGGCCGGCGGUCCAAGAAGAUCUGGCUGGUGCCCAUCGACUUCGACAAGCUGGAGAUCCCGCAGCCCGACUUCGAGGUGCCGGGCGCCGACUGCCUGCUCAGCAAGGAGCAGCUGCGCAGCAUCUACGAGAGCAGCCUGUCCAUCGGCAACUUCGCCUCGCGCCUGCUGGUGCACCUCUUCCCCGAGCUCUUCACCCACGAGAACCUGCGCAAGCAGUACAACUGCAGCGGCUCCCUGGGCAAGAAGCAGCUGGACCCCUCCCGCAUCAGGCUCAUCCGCCACUACGUGCAGCUGCUCUAUCCGCGGGCGAAGAACGACCGCGUCUGGACCCUGGAGUUUGUGGGCAAGCUGGACGAGCGCUGCCGGCGCCGGGACACGGAGCAGAGGCGCUCCUACCAGCAGCAGCGCAAGGUCCACGUGCCGGGCCCCGAGUGCAGGGACCUGGCGAGCUAUGCAAUCAACCCCGAGAGGUUCCGAGAGGAAUUUGAGGGCCCCCCGCUGCCCCCCGAGAGAAGCAGCAAAGACUUCUGCAAGAUCCCCCUGGACGAGCUGGUGGUCCCCUCGCCCGACUUCCCGGUGCCUUCGCCGUACCUGCUGUCGGACAAGGAGGUGCGCGAGAUCGUGCAGCAGAGCCUCUCCGUGGGCAACUUCGCCGCGCGCCUCCUCGUCCGGCUCUUCCCGGAACUCUUCACCGCCGAGAACCUGCGGCUGCAGUACAACCACUCCGGGGCCUGCAACAAGAAGCAGCUGGACCCCACGCGGCUGCGGCUCAUCCGGCACUACGUGGAGGCCGUCUACCCCGUGGAGAAGAUGGAGGAGGUGUGGCACUACGAAUGUAUCCCCAGCAUUGACGAGCGGUGCCGCCGCCCCAACAGGAAGAAAUGCGACAUCCUGAAGAAAGCCAAGAAAGUGGAGAAGUGAUGGGCACCCUACGGACUGAGCGUUCUUUUGGAGCACGUGUAUGGCAUCCACAGACACGCACCUUAUGUUCUUGGGGAGUGGCUUACUACAUUUGCACACGUACACACCCACCCAACCACGAGAAAGAAGCCUUGCAUUUUUGAUCUCUUGUCCUUACGCCUCUUGUCCUGUGUGCCCUGGUGGUGCAGAGUGUGGGGAGAGCCGAGCUGUGCCAGCAGAGAGGCCUCAGGAGUAGGGGCUCUCUCUCCUUGGCUGUGUCCUCCCCACCCCCUCACAAUUUGAAAUGCAAAUUCAGCAAUUCUCUUGUUCCUCUUCCCACAUUUUACAUCUUCCAUUUUUAUCAAAUGUUUUUUAAUUAAAAAGAAACCCUUUUUAAAAAAAUCAUUGGUCUCUUUGGGGGCCAUUUUACUUAGAGAAAAAAAAUCUUUUAAAUAUUUGAGGUGAAGUACUGUAAGAUGACUUCAGUUGCUGGGGUUUUUUUCUUAAAGAUGGUUUCAGAUUUAUGAAAUUUUUAGAAGUGCCAUGUUCCCUGCAUGAUGGCUAAUAAUAGCUUCAGGUGUUAUAGAGACCGAUUUUACUGAUCUUGUCUUUUACAUCUGAUUUUAGAAGAGUCAAAAUGCCCCUUGCAUGGCAGUGGAGGGGAUGGAGUAGUGUGAUGUUGUUUCUGACCAUGGCCGCAGUCUCCCUUCCACUGUGGUGCCAAGGAAGGGGCUUACGCGCGGCCUGGCCCGUGCGUCAUUGCUGUGUUGGUAGAAUGUCGUGCGCACUCUCUGUAGACGAGAACACUGGAUGAUGAUGAUGACGAUGAUAUGAAUGUAGAUAGACGUGGAAACCUGUUCACGGUGUCUUCACUUGAGCUGUGUCCUUCCACUGCCCCCUUCUCUCGCCACACCAGAAUGCUGGUUGGAGCAGCAGACACGUUUCCUUGGAAAACUGUGUGUGUGGCUAUUUGGCUUCUUGUUUGAUUUAAGGAUGGGCCCCUUUGGGCUCACCAAGAACUGUUUACUUUCCGUGUGUGUAUUUGUACAAAACCCGGGUUCUGGGAGCUGUCUGGUGACUUCACCACACCUCAGUGUUAGCUUCUCCAGUCAGUACACAUCCUUGUUCCUCAGGGCGGGCCCAAGCCUCAGGGCCCUCUUGGGGACACCUGGUAUUGGAAGGACACAGGUCAUUUCAAAUGGGGCUCCCAUGUCCCUUCCCAGGGUCCACUCAGAGCUUUCCCCUCAGACUCCCCAGAAGGUCCUGCUCUCCUACAUCUGGCUGGUCCCUUGGCCUCAGGUUGAGACAUCUUGUCUCUCCCCAGGGGUUGGGACGGUCACACAGCUACAGGCCAACAGCGUGCUCUCCAGGAGUUCCAACCGGGAAAUUCCCCAGUACGUAGAGUCCGUAAAAACAAUACCUUUACCUACCUGAUUCUGGGGACUAAAUACCUAAGAGGGAAAGGAAAUAGUCUAACCCAAACUGAGUACAUCCUAGCAGAAACCUGGAAAAUGAAUUGACU